AGUGUUCUCUAUAAGCAAUUGUAACAUCGUAUCUAUUAUUGCAAUGGCGGAGGAUUUUAGGACCAGAGUCACAAGACUGAGAAAAAUACUAAACCUCACCCCAGGGAUCAAUCUACCUGCUGACCGGGAGAGAUUUCCUCUCCUGAAAGAUCAGGUGAUCAUUAUGACCACUAUCAACAGUGCCCUCCAUGUGACUCCCCUAAAACCCUGAGAGUAGACACAACAUGCAGAAGAUUCUAGAAGUCACCAAGAAGUAUGAUGGAGCUGCUGACAGGAGAGGUUCCUAUAAGGUGUCAGGGUGUCACUGUCUAUUUCUCCAUGGAGGAGUGGGAGUAUUUAGAAGGACACAAGGAUCUCUACAAGGACGUCAUGAUGGACAAUCAGCCGCCCCCACACCAUCACCGGAUGGAUCCAGUCAUGGGAACCCACCAGAGAGAUGUCCCCGUCCUCUGUAUUCCCGGGAUUCCACACAGGAGAAUAUUGAUGUUAAAGAAGAGUAUAAGAGAGGAGGAUGAGGAGUAUGGAGUGAUGGAGGAGUUUUCAGAAGGACACAAGGAUAUGAUGGAGCCACCUAAUACCAGGAACCCACCAGAGAGAUGUCCCCGAGUCCUCUGUAUUUCCGGGAUUUCACACAGGAAGGUCACACACCAUCCCUUCACUAUUACAAGAGUGAAGAUCUGAUAGAUAUAAAAGUUGAGGUUAAAGAAGAAGAAGAAGAGGCGUAUGUGAGGGAUGAUCAGCAGUCUAUGGAGGAGGAUGGAAUAACGGGGACAUUUAUAGAGGAGGACACUCCUACAGAGAUCAGCACAGUCCAUGACCGGGAGAUGAGGAAAACCUCCAAGGAUUGUCUCACUUUGUCUCCAGACUGGAAAGUAGAAGAUGAGGACCUCACACAGUAUAUUCCAGGAGAAAACCCGGCUCCCUCCAAAUGUCCAU